UGGUCCAAAAUGGCGGAUGGUAGUCUUGGGGGAGGCUUGGAAGAUGAUACGAGCUGGUUGUCUGAGCUAGAAACUGCCUUAGUUGAAGAGUGUGACUUUGGCUCUUUACGUAAUAUAUGCAAGGGCAGACCUGUUCCAGAACAUUUGAGAGCUGAAGUUUGGCAAAUAUGCUUGGGCACAGCUGGUAAAGAUGCUCUGAAUUCAUUUGAUGGAUUGUAUGAUUUAGAUUGUCAAAGCCAGAUUAGGGAGGACUGCAAGAAUUUAGUAGACAACCUAGGCAAUGAUGAAGAAGAUAAAGUGUCCAUCGUCAGUGACAUGGAAACCAUUGUCACCUUCUACUGUAAAUCACGAGGGGUCAAGUACUCCAAGGACAACGGUUGGAUGGACUUGUUGCAAAUAUUGUUGGCUGUUAAAAUGAGCCCCUCAGAAAUGUACAGCUGUUUUUACGCCAUACAGAAUAAAUUUAUUCCACAUGGGUGCAAGAAAGAUGGGAAACUGUUCCACUUGUUUCGUCUAUUGCUGCAGUACCAUGACCCAGAGUUGUGCUCAUACCUGGACACCAAGAGGGUGACCCCUGACCUUUACUCCAUGCCAUGGUUCAACAGCUUGUUUGGACAUGUUUGUCAUCUAAAAGUGUGCCUAGCGAUGUGGGAUGUGAUAUUUCAGCAUGCUGACCCAUUCUUGGUCUUGUUCAUGGGGCUUGUUAUCUUAGUCAAUGGAAGAGAAUCCAUUCUAGACAACAAAGAACACAGCAAAGAAGAACUGAUGGAUCUCAUAUCAUCCUUCCCACAAGCCCUGGAACCUGAGGAUAUUGAAGACUUCUGCUCACUGGCACAGUAUUAUGAAUCUAAAACACCCCAGUCAUACAGGAGGGAUUACCAACUGGCAAUGUUUGGCAACAGUAUAGUAGCUCAAAAGGAGGCAGAAAACAACAGCUUCAUUGACUCCUUAUGCCUGCUUGUAUCUGGCGAAGAACUUCUUCAAGCCAACCAGAGCAGUGUUAUCACUGAAGAUUCUGUGAGAUAUUUUGUUGUAGACUGCAGACCAGCAGAGCAGUACAACACAGAGCAUUUAACUACAGCAUUUCAUCUGGAUUCUAGCUUGAUGCUACAGAACCCAGAAGAGUUUAAUGUGGCUGUCCAGGCUUUGUUUGCUGCACAGGCUCAGGCUUUAGCUGCUGGUUCAGCAGCCUCAGGUGAGCAUCUUUGUUUUAUGGGCAGCGGAAGGGAAGAGGAGGAUCAGUAUGUCAAUAUGGUUGUGGCCAAUAUACUACAGAAGGGCAAGCAGUAUGUUUCUAUUGCCAAGGGCGGCUAUCCAGCGAUUCACAACAUUCUGAGGGCCACAUCCCAGAAUGGAGACAUAGAUUUUUCCCAAGUUGUCUCCCAUAAUAGUGGGGACACUGCUUCCAAUAACAGUGCUAGUGGUGUGCACACAAGGAAGAAAGAUGAGGAUGAGAACAGUCCUAUGAAAUAUUUUUCCAAAGAUCUCCUGGGCAAGUUAUCUGGUGCUGUUAAGGCGAAGUCAGCAGAGAUGAAAGAAAAGUUGUCCAGCUACAUCAAAAAUGAUGGGCAGGGAGAGAAGCAUGUCAGCAGUACAGAGAGGUCAGGCAAGAGGUACAGAAACAUGGCUAAUGUGUUUACCAUUGGAGAUGAAGACGAAGCCGAGGAAGGCAGUGGCAGAGAAUCAGAAGAAGACGAGCAGGAAAAAGAGAUGGUCAGUUUGGAGACGUGGAUUCGGAAGUGUGAUGUUAUCUACUCAUGCAAGUGUACAGAAUUCCGCAGCAAUGGCCGUGGUUAUCCCAGCUACUUGCUAGUUACAUACAGCCACCUGUAUGUCCUUCGGGAAGUGGCAGCUCGUAGAGGGAUGGCCCUGAUACAGGCUCGCCGGCCCCUAGGCUCAGUGAUCAAAAUUACCUCUAAGAAGAAACAGCCCGAGAUCAUAACGUUCAAGUACGGAACAAAUGAGGAUGAUAAUUUUUAUGUGUCUGAUAUUCAAAGAUUUUACAUUCCCACAGCAUCGGAUGCCAUCCGCGUCAUCAAACAGCAAAUCAUGAAAGUGUUGGAUGCUCUAGAGAGCUGACAGCCAAGUCAUCCCUGAAACCCUUCUACCAAUCAACUGAAAAUGUAUAUUCAUCGUAAAACAAUGAGACAUGUAGCUUGCCCUGUAAAGAAUUUAUUUCCUUUAUCUGAUCAUUAAAGGACACAUUCUUGUGAAGAUUAUGCUGGUUAUGUAAUCUGUUAAUUAUAAUUAAUUCAUGAUGUACAAAGUUUUGAAUAAAUGGAAAAAAGGAAGUCUUAUUUAUUUUCCACUGUAGAACUUGGUUAAUAAAUUAACCAAAGUUUGAAAGCUUGCAUCCCUGUUUUUGCAUCCUAAAGCGAUCAAUAUGUGAAUUAUUUUAUCCUAAGCCAAAUAAGGAUUUGCGCAUCGAAUAUUUUUUUUAACCUUUACACAUUAGAAUUUUAUUUGGGCCGUAUUUGUGUGACAUUAUGUCAGAUUUUUUCUUAAUGUGGGAUUUUUAUUUCUGUGUGUAUUUGAACAGCCAAGCGAAAGUCUGUAGAAUUUUUGUAAUCGAAACAUUUUUGUGUCAAAGAACUGAAAUACAGCUAUGUGGUUGAACGUUUAACCUACUGUGAUCUUAUGUGAUAUUUGCUUACUAUUCAUUGAUUUGUCUUUUCAUUUUUACCAUGUAAAUUACAUACCUCUGGAAUGACUAGUUCUAAAAAAAAAUACCUCUGGAAGGGAGAACAAAAAAAAUAAAAAUUAUAACUUGAGAGGGGAGAUAAUUUUUACAAAUUCUAUGAAAUGGGAGACAACUUUUUAAAAGUACACUUUUCUAAGUGGAGACAAUUUCUACAACAUACAUCUUGAAGUUUGUACACCAACUCGGUGUACUGUGUAUCUUGUACAUAUUUCAUUGAACAGUAAUGUACACAUUUUAUUUAUGCUCCUGUGUAACACUUC